CGUUUGUUAUGAUGCCAACCUGCGGAAAUUUGACAGCGAAUUUGGUUUUCAAUAUUGGCUAUCCUGUUUGGUGACAUGAAAGCAAGAUGGCGAGUUCAUCUCCGGUUGAUCGUUCGUUCCGUGUUACUUCAACACCAAACUAAUGACAUUUUUUACCUGUUUUGUAUUUCGUAAAACGUCAGUACUUUUAAAGAUAUUGCCCAAAAAAAUCUUAUGAGUAGUGAUUUAGUGAUAGAAACAUUCAGAGAUUGUUAAAAUUAUUUUUAAUCGGAUGUGCAUCUAUCCCACCUGAGGAAUGUUGGUUUUUUUUUCAGUGAUUUGUGAUUCGGUCAGGUGUUUUCAUUUUAGAAACAAAAUUUUGUUCUUGCGCAGUGAGUGCUGAAAGUUGCCUAGUUCAGAUGUAUUUGUGUCGUGGGGAUGUUAGAUGUCGGGACUGUUUUCAAUGUUGGGAAACAAAAGCGUGAACUAUUUGUUUUGAUAGACCGAUAAAAAGUAUUGAGAAGGUCGGAAGGAAACUGCUCCGGCCUGAGUGAUGGCCUUCAGUGAGAAGGUCGAUCCUGAGCUGAUCUUCACAAAACAGGAGAAGAUCGGCAAGGGGUCUUUCGGGGAGGUGUUCAAAGGCGUAGAUAACAGAACGCAACAAGUAGUCGCCAUUAAAAUUAUUGACCUCGAAGAAGCCGAAGAUGAAAUCGAGGAUAUACAGCAGGAGAUCAUGGUGCUGUCACAGUGCGAUAGCCCGUACGUCACUAAGUAUUAUGGAUCAUACUUGAAGGGAACAAAACUAUGGAUUAUAAUGGAAUACCUCGGCGGGGGGUCGGCGUUGGACCUGAUGAAGGCAGGCAGUUUCGAGGAGAUGCACAUAGCAGUCAUCCUACGUGAAGUGUUGCGAGGUCUCGACUACCUACACUCGGAGAGGAAACUGCACAGGGACAUUAAGGCUGCCAACGUGUUGCUGAGCGAAAUGGGAGACGUUAAAUUAGCAGAUUUCGGUGUCGCGGGCCAAUUAACAAAUACAACUAGUAAAAGAAACACAUUCGUCGGUACGCCGUUUUGGAUGGCGCCCGAGGUCAUCAAACAGUCGUGCUACGACAGCAAAGCGGAUAUCUGGUCGUUAGGUAUCACUGCCAUCGAGCUGGCGAAGGGGGAGCCACCCAACUCGGAGCUCCACCCCAUGAGAGUGCUGUUCCUCAUACCCAAGAACAACCCCCCUCAACUGACCGGCAGCUAUUCGAAACCUUUCAAAGAGUUCGUCGAGGCAUGCUUGAAUAAGGACCCUGAAAAUAGACCAACGGCGAAAGAGUUACUAAAGUUCCAAUUUAUCCGGAAGGCGAAGAAAAACUCGUACCUAAUGGAUCUUAUCGAUAGGUAUAAGAAGUGGAAAGCGCAGAGGAGUGAAGAGAGCGAAACAGAGUCGGAAAAUUCAGAUUCAGAGGAGUGCAGCCGCGGUGACGGGGAGGCGGACGAGCCGUGGAUCAUGACGGUGAGGGGGGGUUCAGCCGCGCGGUCUGCGCAGCCUCUAGCCCCCCUACCUCCCAUAACGCUCGCGCACCUCACCGACGACAAGAGGCGCUCCUUACACGAGGACGCGGUAAUACCUUCCCCCACGUCGCCCGUGGCGCCAAAGCAGAAUGGGUCGUUGAGUGCGCGCGGCGACGACGCGCCGCCCGACAACCACAAACCUGCGCCUCUCAACAACAACACCCCGGACAAGCAACCCUCUCGAAAAACGCCGAUCACGUCAACGCCCGUUGAGCAACGCAACACAAAGGAGAGGGACCGCGAAGAGCGCAAAGAGCGCGAAGAAAGAAGCUCCAACCGGGACAGCGUAGUCUAUAAUAAUAAAGCUUCAUCGCCGUUGGACCAUAGAGGAGUGAACAAUGAAGAGAACAAAGUAAGGCGGCAUGCGUAUCUACAGCAACUUAUUUACCCACUAUUAAAUGAGCUAUCGCGCAAGCACGGCGCGGGCAGUGCGAGUGCGAUAGAGGAACUCCGACGUGCCUUCGACGCGGCCGAGAGAUCCGCGCCGCACCUCACUAGAGCCUUCGUGCAGCAGGUUGUGCAGAGGGUAGCGACGCAAUCGCACACGAGUGCGCCGCCCUCCCCGCCCGCGCACAACCCCCUGCAGCCCAAGCACCAGUGGAUGAGGGACCUAUAAUAUCAGUGGCGCCCGUCCGCCCACCGCAAGCAGCCGUGCGGCGACCGACGCACUGCGCGAUUGAACGCACCGCCACCUGCCUUAACACACGGCGACGCAACGCAACAGUUACGACACCCUACAGCACCGCAACUCGCAUACGGCACCGCAACGUAACGCACCGGACGCGGCGUCGCAACUCAUCCUAUUUUUAUCGCAUUACAUUAUUGCCUCUUAUAUAAGUUACAAAGCGGAAAUCUCUUAUAAACAAUCUAUCGACAACAGAAGUUAGCGACGAGUGUAACUUCGCUGAGCGCCAUGACGUAUACCUGAGUGCUGUAAAGGAGAUUUUUGUUGGUAUAAAUACCAACAAGAAUGCCCAAAAUGUUGAGUAUGGUCCGAUUAAAACUAACGCACGGAAUUCCGAAAGUCAUAAAGUUUUAGUCUGACUAAACCCAACUUCUUGCACUUCUACAGGUUCUGAGGUAUUUCUAUCAAUAAAAAUCUACUUUGUGAUCGUCUUUAAAAUGUCUUAUAAGGCUCUCUUAUACUUACAACAUACAACGAAAUCCUGCGUAGAUGCCAUUUUAAAUGACAUUGUGACUUUCACCAUACAGGGAAAAAGUUUUAAACGAGGUAACAUGAUGAUGUUUGUGUUGUAUUUUGAAUCUUUAUGGAAAGACACAAGGUCUGUAUUGCAUUGUCUAGAAUCCAUGUAAUCUGCGUAAGAUUACUCAGUUUUGCCCUUAUGAAUAUUGCGUAUGUAACUUAUAAAAGGGACAUCUUGUAUAAGUAUUGAGCGAUUAUUGCCGUAACGCAACGCAAUUACAUGUAGGUCUGUACAACGCAACGCAACUCAAAAACAAUUCUCGCCUCAUACAAAUAUUCAACGGGUGAAAUAUUUAUUUUAUAAUUUUUUGUUUUUUUAUCAUUUAAUUUGAUGAAAUCGUUCUCAUUUAUGAUUUUAUAGAAAAAUGUGCUGAUAAAUUAAGUUAUAAAAUUAUUAUUAUUGCGUUAUAGAUGCAAACAACAAGUUUACUAUUUACGGGUUAAAACUGUAGUUUCUUUCCUUUCUUUUGUCCAUUAACCCACGUUACGUGAGGUUGGCAUAUGUAUGCUCCCAUCUUGACUUGUUGCUUCGGUUUUGUCAUACUUUUUACGACCGACAGCCUGUCUGAGGGCAACCCUCAAUAAUAUAGAUACCUUAAUGCCCAUUUUAUAUUUUCGAUCUAUUUUACUCAGCGAACGAAGAGAGAUUUCUUCUUUUCUCACAUUCAGAAUCGGUACCAAUCCGUCUAUAUGUGCACGCACCAUGAAUUGAAUCGCAAAACACAUGAUUGGUUCUACUGUUUGUCAUGCAGCACGGGACCAGCCGUAAUUGGCCGGCUGUGACUAGCGAACUAAACGCAUACGGGCACGCUUCAUAAGCCACUCCCACCGACGCUAUGUUUUCGUUUGGCUAUGUUUGAGCAGUAGUUAUAUGCUUUUAUAUAUUCUUUCGUUAACUGAUUUUACUUGAAUACUGUAAAUGUGUAAUAAUAUUUUCGAUACUCUGUGCGUUAUGCGUUGCACAUCACUAAGUGGGCGGUACCUAUCAAUGAUGUAAGAGUCAUCAUAUGUUUUUUUUUUCAUUACAAGUUAGCCCUAAACUGCAAUCUGCAAGUCGAGUCUAAGAUGUACUAAAUAUUACCAGGAGAAAAAACGUUUUUUUUUUGAAGGGCGCCAGCUGUCAAACUAACCAUGUUACAUUUGACAAAUCGUAGGUAUAUAAACCACGUCAGUUGCGUUACGGCAAAGAUAGGUGAACUAAACUCGGUGCGAUGUAUUCCUAAUUGUAUUCAUUUGUGCAUUAUCACUAUACAUCGAUCGGAUGUGUUUAAAUAAUAUUAUAUACACUACCGACACGUAUUUUGUAUGAGCUUUUCUUGCGGAAUAUUAUAUAAAAUUACAUACAUUUUACAAUAUAUACAUACAUACAGAUUGUGAUAAUUUUGGAUGGGAUAAGAUUGGAUGCAUGCAUAUCUAUGGUGUUUUAUUGUAUUAAAUGCUUCGAUACUUUGGCCGAGUCUUAAACGUAUGACGGGGAUAUAUAAAUAAGCCAACUCUUUAUUAUUUACUCGUAAAUAUCUGCGACUUCUUAGCGUAGAAUUCUUAGAAAAUCCUUAAAAAGUCCUCUUCCUGCCAAACUACUAAAAAAAAUCCGUCGAAAAUGUUUCAGUCCGUUUUCUAAUUCACCCCUGGAAUUUAGUUGCUUAGAUUAUUACUGUUUGCACUAUCUUUAAACAAGCUUGUGAAAGUCCCAUUUACAUAUACAAUUCCGAAGAUUAGCACGACAAUUAGGCAAACAAACUAAACAAUUUAAACAUGUUUCGGUUUUACUAUCCACGGUUGCGUGCACAAGAUUUUUGACCAGGGUAGGCAUAAGUCGGAAAGCUGGCAUAAAGUUUAAAAAAUCCUCUUCCUAUACAAGUUUUAUAAAAAACUAGUGUAGGCAGUGCAUUAAUGCUUGUAUGAAGUCCCCGCAACUGGAGCCUAUCGGCCUUAUAGUUAUGAGCUUGAUCAAAGGCAGGCUAUUUCGGAGUGGCAUGCAGACAUACACUUCAAUUGUAUUUAUUUGUUUGUAUUUAUACAGAUUAAAGUAUUUUUGUCGCGCAAUAUAUACAGUAACCGUCUCAGAAUUAUUCUAAACAGUAUUAGUCAUACACACUCCAUGUCAUAGCUACUUGAACAAAUUAUCCAAAAUCCGUCUUUUAGUGACCUUAUAUUAUUAUAUUAUUAGAAAUGAUGUUUUUCAAAAUAAAUGAGUCGAUAUGCAUAAAUCUGAGAUUUAUUUCAAUCUUGGAUUACGGAUCCUUUCUCAAUUUCGGGCGAUAGGCGUUUCCCAAACAGAGGCGGUCGCGGAUGCUGUCGCGUAUGCGACAUUUAUCACAUUAGCGCGGUGAUAGAAAAACUAACAAUUACAUUAAAAUAAAUCAAUAAGAAUAUUGUAUCGAUUUUUUUAUGUAUUCAAACAGUAACGCUAAAAUGUAAUUAAAGAUAGUUCACCUAAUAAGAAUAGAAAAAAAAUAUGGACAUAUAUAUUUUUUUUUAAUAAAUGUACUAAGACGUAGUUAAUAUAAUAUAUCGUGUAAUUAUCUGUAGUUUGCGUUUGAAAUUCACACACUUCCUCCUGUCUAAUAUGACAAUGAAUGCGACCGCAACCGUCAACGUUUCUGUUUGGGGUACGCUUUAGGCGCAACCAAGUCGCAAAGUUGCAAUGCCAUAUUUUAAAAUAUUACGUUAAUUCCAUUGAGGUACUGCAUCUUAUGAUAGGUAUAUCGUACUAUGUGAUUUGUAUGUGUAAAUUAUAUACAUUUUAUACCCCGUAUUGUCGUGAUUUUAUGUACCAUUGCGAUAAGGCUUAGGUUACACGUCCGUUCGCGACGCCAUUAUAAAUGAAGCGAGUCCUCGUGUAUAUAAUUCCCCAGCGCAGCGCCUGUUUGUAUGCGGGUUGUUUGUUUUAAUAUCUGAACUUGUUAAUUUAUAAAUAUUCGUGGAGAGCGAGUUAGCUACACUUCGCCAAUAUUUUGCCAUAAUUUUGUUCUAAAGUUUUUUUUUAUACUAACACGUUUUGUAUAGAGGCUCGUUCAGUACAGCCGUCGAAAUUCUAACGUAUUUAUAUACUUAGAGAUAUAUUGAAAUUUGGUAGUGUUUCUUUAGUGUCAUUCCAGACAAAAGACAACAUUGUCAGCAUUUAUAGAUUUAUUUGUUUAUUUUUUUUUUUGUUGGACUUGAUUGCGUUCUCGUUCUUAUUUUAUCCACCGGAGCUGAAGCCCCGCGUACACUGUGACCGUUCGUGAAGUGUUAAUAAAAUUCAUUAGUUUAAUUUUAUUGAAAUUAGUUUUAUAGCGUAGGCAUAAAUGCGAUAUGCAACCUUACAAACCAUGGAGCACCCGCUUGUAGCAAAUCAUACUAACUAAUUACAUUAUGUUGGCAACGUGUACGGUGUUCGUAAUGUAUUUCUGGAGAAAAUACUAUUUUUUUUGUCUCGCCACGAGUUUCGUCGCGUGAGGUUAGGUGGCGUGUCGCAUUUGUGCUCCCGGCUUUAGUUUUCGGUUAUUUACCGAUUUUGUAAUAAAACUGUGACUAAUAAGAAUAUGUUCUAAAACAUUAAUCUAAUAUUUGUUGCAAAUUUUUAUUUUAAUUUUAUUUCGUUUAGAUAAUGUAAAAUGGGGGCGAUACGGAGUUAGCUUUAGUGUUUUGUGAAUUUAAAAGUAUUCCCGACACCAACGACCACGCGGUGUCCGUGUGAACGACAUGCUUGAUAUGCGACAAUAUUUAGCAAUCGGAAACUAUAUAGAGUAUAUUAUAAUGAAGACUACAAAACAAUUAUUAUCGCUGUGUAAAAAUGUAAACCUAUUAUAAAAAUGUGUAAAUUGUGUAGUGUAAUAUACAGAAAGCUGUUUAAUGAAGUGUUCUUAUAAGCGUACGGACAGACCGCCGGCGCUUGCGCUCGCUCGAACCCCUAGUUUGUAAGUAACUUUUCCAUUCUUAUGCUAAUAUUAGGAAGCACUAAGCAUUGCCUCUAACUCAUUGGUAAGGGCGCGUGCGGACUGACAAGGGACUGUCGCGACUGUCUGAAGUCGCGUCGCUUUCAGCUGGAUCCACAUUAGUGUUGUGUUGGGUCAUGAUAAAUCUGUAAGCGAUCGGAGUCUCUACGUGUUGCACGUCAUUUCUUAACUAAAAAAUCUGCGCAAGUGUAAUGAUCUGUUUUCGGGACAACAAAAAUCUCUGUAAAUUUUAUGCAAAACUCAAAAAUGCAAUAAACUCAUCUAUAUUGCAAAUAAAAAUAUUUAUUUUUAACAUUAUAGGCAAGUUUAUCGUGCAAUUUUUGUGUAAAAUUUUACAGCUGUCUCUUGUAUUUGCUAAAAACUAUGAUUUCAUGGGCAGGUAAUAAAGUCAUAAAAGUUAUUACGGUAUUUUUAAUUAUUGAUAGAGCAUCGGAUAUUCGGAUUAUAUUAAUUGUAUUUAAACAUUUUUAUCUGGCCCCAUAAAACAUAUAUUAGGAUUUGCAAAUGAAGUUCAAUUCAAGUCUAUGGCUUCGAUCGGUUUUUUCAUGCAUUACGGCACACCACAACUCUAAUGUGGAUCCACCUUAAGUCGCCUGUGAGUCGGGACGCGCGUCGCGAGCAGCGGGAGCGCCCGUGCGUCGAGCUCUGCCUUGUACUUUUGUUUUUAUGUGAAUCGAGCAUGGGAGAUGUUAUGUUGAUUUUGAUGGAGGAACAAAAAUUAUUUUUCCACUUGAUGGUAUUAUAUGGUAAUAAUGCGUGUAGUGUUAGAGUUGGGCGAUAAUUGUUGAUUAUUGAUUAAAAUUAGGUGUUUGUGGCAUUGGAUCGUAGUCGAGACGCGUCAGCGGCGGCCGCGACACAUUUGUCGCUGCGUACGCCGCGCCUUGUGUAUCGCGACCUCCGCUCGGUAGUGGUUUGUAGUGGUUACCUACAGAAUUCGCAGAUUGGUCGAGAUCGCGUCGUUUGGUUCAUGGGUUUUGUGAUCAUAAUUGCAUAGAUAAUAAAUUAAAAUAUAUAUUAUUAUGAUAAUAUAUAAGUCUAUCGGUAUCGACGCCGGUCGUAGUACUGCGUAGUGUAAAACAUCGCGCGUCGGCCCGACCCCGUGACGAUUUAAAAGUAUGUCGGUGAUGAUACAACGCUUUACUGAGUAACUGUGAUAUAAAUAUACGGUGAAUUGUCAUGAAUGUUAGCGAGUAGGCACGCGACUGUCGCGCACGGUUGCGUUUGUCGCGGUGUCGGGGCGGCGCGGGUGUGCGCGUAACUGUAACUCGGUAUAACCCACUCAUGCACCAAGUCGAAGUAACAGCUCACGGCGCGUACCAUUAGUGUAAUGGUCAAUUAAUGUUGCGGCGUCAUUCUAACACGUUUAUGUAGGAAACAAAUUUGACUCUGAAAUAAAAGAAGUUAUUUAAUUUUGGA